CGCCUUUCGAUUCCGCUCGCUCUAUGUUCUAGUAUUGGGUAGAUCUGCGGGCUGGAGACCUAUUAUCUGUUGAUCGAUUUCUGUUGAUUUGAUCAUGCGUCGAAUCAUCGAGUAGAUCCGCCGGUUGUUGUUGAUUCGGUCCGUCUAGAUGUGUGUAGCUGCGGUUGAUUCCGCUCGUUUGUUGCCAAGUUUGCGUGUCGUGUUCUUGUAGAACUAAGAUGCAGAUCUUCGUGAAGACCCUCACCGGCAAGACCAUCACCCUUGAGGUCGAGUCGUCUGACACGAUCGACAAUGUGAAGGCCAAGAUCCAGGACAAGGAGGGAAUCCCGCCGGACCAGCAGCGCCUCAUCUUUGCCGGCAAGCAGCUCGAGGAUGGCCGCACCCUGGCUGACUACAACAUCCAGAAGGAGUCCACCCUCCACCUGGUGCUCCGCCUCCGUGGAGGCAUGCAGAUCUUUGUCAAGACCCUCACUGGCAAGACCAUCACGCUGGAGGUGGAGUCCUCGGACACCAUCGACAAUGUGAAGGCCAAGAUCCAGGACAAGGAGGGCAUCCCCCCGGACCAGCAGCGCCUCAUCUUUGCCGGCAAGCAGCUGGAGGAUGGCCGCACCCUGGCUGACUAUAACAUCCAGAAAGAGUCUACCCUCCACCUGGUGCUCAGGCUCCGUGGAGGCAUGCAGAUUUUCGUCAAGACCCUCACCGGCAAGACCAUCACCUUGGAGGUGGAGUCCUCGGACACCAUCGACAAUGUGAAGGCAAAGAUCCAGGAUAAGGAGGGCAUCCCUCCGGACCAGCAGCGCCUCAUCUUCGCCGGCAAGCAGCUCGAGGAUGGCCGCACCCUGGCAGACUAUAACAUCCAGAAGGAGUCCACCCUCCACCUGGUGCUCAGGCUUCGUGGAGGCAUGCAGAUUUUCGUCAAGACGCUCACCGGCAAGACCAUCACCCUGGAGGUGGAGUCCUCGGACACCAUUGACAAUGUGAAGGCGAAGAUCCAGGACAAGGAGGGCAUUCCCCCGGACCAGCAGCGUCUGAUCUUUGCCGGCAAGCAGCUUGAGGAUGGCCGCACCCUGGCAGACUACAACAUCCAGAAGGAGUCUACCCUUCACCUGGUGCUCCGCCUGCGUGGUGGCCAGUAAGUGCCUGCUCAUGGCGCUGCUUCUGUCUCGUCGGUGUACUCAAUGGUGUUUUCAGUUUCUGUUUUGGUCGUCUUUCUAUCUCUGUUAUGUUUGGUUGUGCUUACAUACUUAAUGAUGUGAGUGGCUUUGGAGGUUGGAUGAUUAAUAAGUGAACCCUUAAUAUCGUGUGUAA